AUGGAAAUGGUUAAGGUGCUUCGAAUCCUCCUGGCACUCUUCCUGGUGCUAGUAUCCAUGAGGACGAUGCUAGUCGAUAUCCCCUCGACCUCUAUCAGCAAGGAUGCUUUGCCGACCUCCCAGAGGUUCUUCUUCCGAAGCAGGGCAGGACAGCUGCUGGACUCGAUCCGGAGGCUGACUUCCGAUAGUGCUCCCAGUGACAUCUCCAGGGAAGUUUUAGCCUUCGAUUCCACGUACCCCUCGUACCCUCUCCCUUCAGACCCGCAGGAGUCUGCAUGCUUGCUGGCGCCUGAUGCCUCUGCGCUCAUGAGGGAGUGCGGGAGGUUCUCCUCGCUCAGAGGAUGCGUCAUGGACAUCGCAGCGGCGAUGCGAACGAGGCUGGGGAACGUGACUGUCAUCGUGGUAACUUUCACCAGUUUCUCAGCAGGGGAUUCCAAGCUCUUGUCUCAGCAUGGCAUCUUGGUCCCAAGCAACUCCUCCCAGCACACCAUCUCCUCCUCUCCUGCCGUGCUGCUGCACGUCUGCAGCAGAGCAGGCAAGGUCGUACACUGCCUUGGGAGAGGAGCAGAAGGCCGCGAGGAUGUCGGGGGAGCUGAAAGUUACGAGAGGUUUGCAAAGGAGAGGAGAGCUGUGGCUGUUGGCAGCCUUGCUCUGCAAGACAAGUGCACAGAGGAGACGAGGAGGUGGGCUGAGACCAACGACACCUACGUCGACAGUCUGGCGAAUAUCCUCCACGUCACAGGCGAGAAGAUGUGCGCGCUGGUCCGAUGCAGACCGGACGGUCCGACCUCUCUCUUGCCGGUGAAGAGGAAGGGGAGGAGGAGGAGAAAGGUCGUCGUUAUCAACCUGCCCAGGAGAGCAGACAAGCGCGCGCUGAUGCGAUACAAGUUGGAGAAGUACGGCAUCAAAGCUUACGAGUUCUUCGACGCUGUGGAGUGCCGCCAGCAUGCCGCUUGUCAAACUUUCUAUCACUCUCUUCUCAAGGUGCUCAAGCCGAGAAUCCCUGGACCAAACUUCCCGUCCUGGGGAGCCGUCGGCUUGCUCUGGACACAGUCGAGCCUCUUCGAGAAGCUCGUGACGGAAGAUUUUGACGAGCUGCUGCUCUUUGAAGAUGACAUCUACAUGCUCGAUCAUGCUCACAAGCUCCUUGAGCUCUCAUCACAGCACAACUUCUACGAAGACGCUCCGAUGGUCUUCCUUGGCGCCAACCAGCUGCACUGGUCGAAGAGGCAGCUCGAAGAGAUCAGGAAAAGAAGAAGACCCUCCUCCUCCUCCUCCUCUUGCUACUUCACUUCGACCAUGGAGUGGGACUCCAGCCUUCGGCGGUUUGUGCCCUACGAGAACGUCACCGAGUACGAUCACACCUACUACACCUACGGCACCUACGCCAUGCUCGUCCGAAGGCCCAUGCUCGAGUUCCUCCUCCGUUGGACCCGAUGGACUCUCGCGCAUCCGAGCAACAUCAUCCCCUCCGACGCCCUGCUCAACUGGCUCUUCGUCUGCCAGGGGCUGCGCAUCCCCGUCGUCUUCCCCAACCUCGUCCUCCCCGAGGUGCGGGACUCGGACAACAUGGGCCCCCUCGACCUCCUCAAGUUCGCUGCUCCUCGUCGCCUCAACUACAGCGCAGUGAAGGACCUGCACGUGUUCGAGAACUUCGCGCGAGUGGCUGGAAGGAUGAUGCGGGCGAGGUACACAGCGAUCUGGGAUGAAAGGGAAGUUCACCAUUCAGUCUUGGUGAAGGACAAGGAGCAGGCAGAGCUUGUUCUUAACUUCACCUCCUACUUCGUCAUCAUCAUCACUGGGUACAACUUCCAAGACGAAAUUGAGAAGGCUCUUUCGUCCGUCUGCAGCCAAAACUUCCCCUUCCUUCGGCUCAUCUACUUCGACGAUGGAUCGACAGACAGGACGCUGAACGUCACCCGGACGUACCUUAGGAAGCAUCCGGCGUGUGGAUUCAAGGCCACUAUUCUGAUCUCUCCGCAGCGUCGAGGACAGUCGUUCGCACGUCAGGCUGCUGUUCGCCACGUGCUCGACCAUGAGGUCGUCGUGUUCGUGGAUGGCGACGACUGGCUCAUGGACAACAGCAGCAUCCUCUACCUCAACGAGGUCUUCCACACCCCUGAGCUCUGGCCACGAUCGGCCAGGACCAACCAACUCCUUCCUCCCCUCAUGACUUAUGGCAACGUCGUGCAGUUCCGCUACGGCAAGCUGAUGAGCAGGACGAUGACGACUGAGGUCUUCCCGGAGAAGGUCAAGCUCGCUUCCUCCUAUCGCUCCCACAAGUGGAUCUCCCAUCACCCUCGCGUCGCCCUUGGAUGGCUCGCGAAGUCGGUCCCCGACACUGCCGUGAUGGACUGGAGUUGCCGAUGGCUGACGCGCUGCUCGGACAUGGCUCAGUCCUUCUUCAUGCUCGAGCACGCGGACGGGCGCAUGGUGAGGGCGAACCGGACGCUGUACGUGUACAACUUUGACAACUCGAGGAAGAGUCCGGACUCCUACUUCCUCACCUGGAAGAACAAGACGUUCAAGAAAGAGUACGAGCAGGUCGAGGCUUGGGUACGGGGCAAGUACAAGCCAGCAAGCGGCAAGUCCAUUCUCGAUCACGUGGCGCGACCCGAUGCUUGCGACCUGAGCGAGGCGAGAAGCCAUCACUCGAUGGUGCGGAGAGUGCCCGUGUGA